CCCCUCUCCUCCUGCCACUGUUCCUGCUCCCCGCCCUCCCGACCCAGCUCCCUCGCACCUCCGGAUCCGGCACCUCCCGCCCCGCUCCUGCUCCCCGCUCCCCGGGUGAUCCCAUGGACCCCGUUCGAUCCCCCACCCCGGAGGAGGAUGCCCCUCCCUCGGCGUCCGCGGUGGUUAAUUUGAAUGGCAACUCGUCGGAAUGCUUCCUGGAUCCAGCCACCGCCCAGCCACCUGCCUCCGGCAGCAAUCUCGGCAUGACCUUCUCCGAGUUUGACAGCGCCGCUCAAGCAGCGCCCCCUCUCCCUAUGAUGGGCCUGCAUCCGCAACCCCCGCCGCAGGUAUCGAGCAAUGGCUGGGGACUUGCCUGGGCGGCCAACAACCUUUGGCGCAGCGUGCUCAUGCGCCUGGUCAAGCGUGGCCUUGGCAUGUGGAUCGACUUCACCGAUGAGAAGAACAACUACGGCGUGGUGGUCGGCGUGGACUUCCUCCGCAUCGAUGGCGAGCUUCGCCACAUCACCCUGAACCAGGCGCGCAUCAAUGCCCUCUUGCGUCAGCCGGAGGCCGUCGGCGAAUCGGGCUUCUGCUUCCAGAUUAUCUCCUCCGGUGUGGACAAGAUCUCUCUCAAAGUCCCGUGGCGAUCUUUCUUCUCGGACACCUUUUUUGCCGGCAUGGAGAACGCCCAUGUCACCCUGGUCAUGGUUCCGGUGCGGGACUUGGUCAAGCCGGCGGCCCUGUCCUCUGCCGCUCCCCCGGCCCCGGGGACCGAUGAUCCGGCCGAAAUGAUUACCUCUGGCGUGUCGAUCCUUGGCUGGCUGCUGGACCGGACUCUGAACAAUCUCCAGAUCUGCCUCAGCGACCUGGAGCUCAGCGUGCACCUGUGCCAUGCCAUGACUCUUGCCCAAAUUGAGGCGGCCUCCGCGGUCGGCUCGCUGUCGGCCUUUUCGCCCCUCGCCCGGGCCGGGGUCCGGCUUGAUCGCUUUUCCGCCGGCCGAACCGGCGGCGAGCCUCAAACGGAUGCCGACCCCCCUGCCGAGCCGGCCCAGGGCCCCCAAUUCCGGCCCUUCUGCCAGCUGACCACCCACCUGAAUGGGGUGUCGGUGUGGUUGGAUGACAUUGCUGUUGGACAGCCGGGCGUUCCACGAGGGCCCGCCGCGGGCGGGUCCCCCUCGCCGGAAGGUCGUGCGGCUGACUCGGCCGACGCAGAUGCCGAGCGACCGCUUGUUUGGGUGGACCCCCUGCGUCCGACCUCCACCCCGGAGCACAUCUGGCCAUUCGAUCCGCUGGUUUCCCCAGUCCCCAGCAUCAGCAUGUCCCUCUGCCUGGCUCGGUCGGCGGCUUCCCUCGGCGCCGAGCAGGCCGGCUUCUUCCCGCUCCUGUCCCAGCGCGCGCCCUCCUUCGAGGUGGGCUUCGACCUGAAAGUGGGACCUGUCCGAUCGUAUGUCGGUCUCCGGCAGCUGGCGAUCCUCAGCCGGUUCUCCCGGUUGGCCGAUGCGGCCGCCGCCACGGCAACCUGCGCCUGCCAGGAAUCCGCCCACCAGUCAGCCGCCUGCCGGAGGUGCUUCCAAUCUGGGCCCGUGGCGGCCGGGGGAUUCCUGCGCAGCUUCAUCGCCCCCCCGCCCGGGGGCGACCCACUGCACCAGCAGCCUCCGGGCCUGAACUCCCUCAUGAGUCUGCUCUACAUGGCCCCAUCGGUUCGGUCCUCGAUUGCCCUGAACUCCGUCAGCAUUGACCCUAGUCGGCUGAUGUCCCUGUACAAUGCGUCCAGCUUCAUGGCCGGGUCGGCCAUGAGCUCCAUGCAUGGCCUCGGCACUGUCGGCGAUCUCGGGCAGUCUUCCUUCAUGCCGGUCCAUCCGCAGGAUUCCGACAUGGGCACCCACGCGCCCCCGGGUGGAGGUGCCCCUUCGGCGUUCUCCUUCGACCAGGCCUUCUCUCUGCGGCCAGUGUUUGAAAGCUCCUCGGGCCGUCGCCAGGCCACCAUCAGACGCAUGCUUCGCAAUGAAUUCCACCGGAUUCGGGGACAAUCUCAAAAGGCCUCGCCCAAGCAGCGCCCCGGUCGAGCCUCCCGGCAGAGCACCAAUCUGGAUGCCCUGUCAUCGGCGGUUCACCGGGCCAGCUUGGCCGCCGGCCCGGGCGACGAGCUGGCCGGGCCGGAUUCCCCCGGCCCCUUGACCGCGCCUGCCCGUGGCAAUGAAGCCGGCUGUGCGGCUGGCGUUGUGCCGGAGCCGGGCCAUGCCAGCACCCCCGGCUCCCGGGCGCCGUCUCCCCCGGACACGGGCCCCGACGACAGCACCGACGAGGAGGAUGACGACUAUGAUGAAGUGUUCUACGAUGCCCUCUCCUCGCUGUCCCUGACGUCGGAAUCGCUGGCCCAUCUACUGAGCUCCAGCCCGACGGCCGGCACCCCCUCGGCCGACCUGCCGGAGGGGGAUCUCCUCUUCGAGGGGGAUCUCCUGUCUGACCAGCCCGAGAGCAUGUCCCUUUUCAAUGAGCUGUCCAACCUCUUUUUGGUUCCCGUCGGCUGCAUUCGCUUCCUGAUGAAUGCCACCUUCGACUCGGUGUCUCUUCACUUGGACAUCUCCCAGGCCGGGGCCGGUCUGGCUGCCCGGGACCGGCUGUCUGUGCGCCUGGAUCAGGGGUUCACCUUCCGCAUGAACUCCCACGCCAGCCCCUCGGCCGGGCUGAUGGCCACGGUUCGGCGGACCCUGGCCGCCAGUCAGCCCACCCUGACGGCUGCCACCAUCCGGACGCCCAUCUUCCUGGAUCCUGGCGACCCGGCCGGCGAUGGGGCCUCGGCGCCAGGCCCGGGGGCCGACCCGGCCACCGGCCCCGAGCCGCCCCAAACACCCGAUGACCCCCACGGGCACUUUGUUUACUCCAUGCGAUUGGCCCUGCUCGGGGAAAUGUCGCUCACCGAACGCCGGAGCACUGACUGCCGCAUUCUGGCCAUCGAGCCGCGGGUGUCCACCCUGGCCGGUGCCCCGGCCGAGGUGCUGACCCUGGCCGUGGAGCAUGCCGGCCGGGACCUGUGCGAGCGCCUGGCCCCGGCCGAGGGGGACGCCUCGCUGCCGGAUGGGCUGCUGGGCAUCUUCGCCGCGGUGCCCGGGCACCUGAGCUUGGACUUGGAUCCCUUCCUGCCGGAUCGCCUGCUCCCGGCCCUGGCCCUGCUGGGCCCGGGACCGGGGGAGCUGGCCGACGAGGCUGCACCCCCCGGCGGCGGCGGCGGCGCCGCCGCCGCCCCCCGGACACAACCCCCGGUGGUCAGUCCGGCCGAGCCGCCCCAGCGCCGGAUGAUGGUCGGCCUGCUGGACCUGCCGCAUCCGGUGCAUGUAAACAUCGCGGUUCCGGACAGUCGCCGGGUGGCUGCCGACAAGGCAGCCGGCCCUCGGGCCGAUCCCCGGCCCCGGCCGUACCUGCGGCCGGAUGUGCAAAUCCUCCUGGUCCUGGGCCAAACGCGCGUGGCGUUCGGCCGGCGGUUGCAUUGCUGCGAGCCGGUGCCCAGCCGGCUGGGGGCCUGCCCCGUCACCGGCGGGUCCAAUGCCUCCGCCGGUGCGCCGGCCCCCUCCUCGGCAGGGGCCCCCCAUGCCGGUCCCCACGCGGCCACCGGGGGGCCGCAUCUGCCCGGCCUGGGCGGCCAUGUGCCCGCCCCCGGGGCCGGGUGUGCCGCCGGCCGUGCCACCUGUCCCCUGUAUCUGGAAGCCGGCUGCGGGGACUUCUUGGUGUUCCUUGUGGCGCCCGGUGUGCACUAUCCAGCCCGGGCCGGCAGCGACCUGUCGGCCUUCCCGCCGGUCUUCCACUCUCGCAGCUUGGAGGCACGCGUGCGCAUCGGCCCGGUGGCCGAUCCGGCCCUGGCACAUGCCUCCCGCCCGGCCCUGCUGACGGCCUUCCGCGUGCCGCCGGUCCAGCUCGGCGACCCUGCCGGCGGGCUGGCCACCAACUCGGGCCCCGGUGGCCCGGCAGCCGCCGGGACUGCCCCCGGCGUCCCCGGCUCCAGCGGGCUCUCGCCCGGGGAGCGUUCGGCCUCGCCGUCGGGCCGGAGCCCCGACCUCCGUGGCUCCUCCUCGGCCACAGGCGCCCCGGGCCCGGGCGGGGUCCCCGGCACAGAGGCGGGCCAAUCCGCCGCCGGCGGGCCUGCCCCCCCUCGACGUGGGUCCCCCUCGCUGGCGACACUGGCUCGAACGCGCGUGCAUUUGGAGCUGGCUUUUGGGGACAGCUCCGUCGGGUGUCGCGUCCUGGCAGCGGCCCCCUGCCUGGCCCGGUCCCCCACCCCGAGCAGUGUCUACCUGCUGAAUCCCACGUUGCCGGUGUGCGGCCUGGCCCUGGCCGCCGUGUGCUACGACGAAUUGAGCUCCUUCCUCCCGACCGAGCUCAUUUGGCGACCAUGCCCCAAGGAGGCCGGCUUGCAGCCGGGCCCGGCCGGCCUUCAGGCCAGCCUCGCAGGCCCCUCGGCCGAGGGAGGCAACGCCCCGCCAGCCGGCGGCUCGAAUAGCUUGCAUGAUUUGGUCAUCGUCGUGUCCCUGGACUCCCUGUCGAUCCACGUUCCGUUGUCCUUCGACACGCCGUCGGGCGCGGCGGCGCGGAAUGCCGGCCCCACCGCCACGGCCCCGGGCCCGAGCUCGCGGCCGGCCUGCCUGCCGCCCCUUUGCGCGGCCCUUUGCCGCGGGGUCUGCUCGGAGACGGCCGCCGGCCCGGGGCUCAACCGGUAUGGCCAACCGCCGGCCGAGACGCUGCACAUUGUCCUCGGGCGCUUCCGGGUCAUUCGCAUCAAUGGCGUUCGCGGGAGCCCGGGCGUCAACCAAGCACACCUGACCAUCGGCCAUGCAUUUGUCAACAUCCUGAGCACCGGGGCCCCGGGGCUCCGGACGGCGUCCCUCUCCCCGGAAACGCUGGCCGCCCUGCCCACCCAUCCGACCGCCCGGGCCCAGGCCUAUUGCCUUCUCUAUCGGGCCCUGUCGCCCUCGCUCAUCUCCAGUCACUUGGCUCGACCGGUGGCCGAGUUGAGCACCACCGUGCCGAGCGCCUCGGCGGCCCAGCUGUCCGAGAUGUUCAACCUCUCGCCGCUGAUCGACGCGCGGCUGACCUACCACCUGGUGGAGUCGGCCACCCCGGUCACCGGGGAGCUCCCUUCGCCCGGCGGACCCGCCGGGCGCCCUGCCUGGAAUGUGUCCACGGUGUCCGGGGCCCGGCGCUUCUUUGUCUACAUCAAGCCGGUGGUGCUGCGCCUGCCGCCGGAAGACCUCUUUGCUCCGAUCGGACGAGCCAUCAGCACUUUCGGCACCGUGUCCGAUGGCUUCCACGGGGGCGGGCCCUUCUGCCGGGGCUACUCGCCGCUGGCCGGCGAAACUGCCUUCGAUCUGAAGCUCCGUUUCUCGGACUUCCUGAUCAUGGCCACCCCCUGCUCGGCUCCCUUUGUGGUGGCUCUCUGCCCGCCGAUAUCCUCGGGCUAUGGCCGGACACAGGCGGGCCACGGGGAUGGCAAGGCCGGGCCGGUGACCGGGCCCGGAUCGACCGCCGGCCAUGGCGGCCACCAUGUCGGGGGUCCGGACAAAUUCGACCCCACCCCUGCCGCCGGGUACAGCAUCGGCGGCCUGCUGCGCCCGGGGCAGAACUCCAAUGACACCCUCUCGGGGCACCUUUACAAUGGCCUGCUGGUGGACAUCUCCUCCCUCGGGGAGCCGUCCAUUCGCCAGGCGUGCUUCCCCCACCCGGCGGUGGUGCUGCACCAGGACUUCGGCAGCCCGGCCGAUCCGAGUGUCUCGCCCGGGGGCCGGCCCGUUUCCCCCGGGCCCGCCGGGGGUGGCCCGGCAUCCACCACCCCGGUGAUGGCCAUCCCCCCGAGCGCCGGCGGCCCCGGCGGGGCCUCCACCCCCGGGGCCUGGCCUGCGGAUCACCAGCAGCCCACAUUUUCGCUGUGCAUCUCGGCCCCGGCCGGGGCCGAGCUCUUUGCCAUCCCCCACUGGCGCCUGCUCCACAGCCAUGUUGCCUCCGCCGGGGCCGACCUGCCCUUCGACCGGCUGGCCUACUCCGAGCAUCCGGAAGCCGCCUGGCCCCUGUACCAGCCGCCCUCCCUGCUGGAGCCGCUCCUGUCGCCGCGCCAUGUUGAGCGCUUUUGGCGCCGGCUUGUGGAGGAACUCUUCAAGAAUGGCCGGAAGUGGACCCGGAUCCCGACGAACCCGACCGGCGCCGUGUCGGACUACCUGCUGGGACAGAACCUCAGCCGCGUGGCAUCGGUCAGCUAUGGCUCCUAUUCGGUGACUCACCCGGCCGGCAUCACGCAGAAGAACAUGGAGGUGGACUUUGGCCAGCUUCGCUUCGACCUCUCGGCUGACACCAUGCAGUUGGCCAUGUUCGUCAUGGACUACUACUUCGGCGAAGAGGGCGGCAGCAAUGGCAAGGCCGAUGCGCCGGGCCGCGGCCCGGAGCCCGGCCCGGCGACCUCCCCCGGGCCCGGUGCCUCCGCCGCCGGCUCGGAGGCUGCCACCCCCAUGGCGCAUGUGUCCCCGCGGUUGGAUCUCCUCCGGCCAUCGGGCGACCUGCUGGAGGGCGUGAUCGAGGGGGACUUCGCUGGGACCUGGCUGACGCCAGCCAUGCCGGCCCCUCUGCACGCGGUGGCCUCCCCGCCGGGGAACCACGUCCCGCGGAAUGACUCGCAGCUGUACCCCACCCGGCGACUGAUCAUCAUGCUGGAUGCCCUGGAGCUUCGCAUCCACAAUGGCCUCCAGUUCCCCUCCUUCAUCGGGCCCUACAGCCGCCUGGCCUCGAGCCUGGUCGAGGACACCCACCCGGCCGGCCUGCCCGGGCGCCUCCAUCCCCCCGGGCCGGCGGCUGGCCCGGGGCUGCGCGCCCGCGGCUCCCUCCCCCCGACAACGCCCUUCAGCUCGCCGGAUGCGGCUGUCCAGGCCGGCCUCACGCCGGCCUCCUGCAGCGUGGUCAAUGAGCAGCUGGUCGUUCGGUUCCGCGGCCUGCGGGUCGACUGGCUCGACUACGACCCGGAAGAUGUGCCGGUCGGCGAGCUGGCCGACCCGCCCGGCACGCAGUCCCACGCGCGGCUGGUGCUGCACGAGAUCCUCGUCUACGGAAACAUCGGCAUGCAGAGCACCGCCCAGUCUGGCGGCUUGGUCACCCAGACGCCGCAUGUUUUCUACCUCGGAUCCGAUCAGUCGGCCCAGAGCAUCCCCCAAAUGGGUCCCGGUGGCCAGGGCGGCGAGGACCCGGCCGGGGCCGGUCCCCCAUCCGCGUGGGGCAGCUCCCAUGGUGCUCCCACCGGCGAGCCCCUGCGCUCGGUGGCCGAGCUGGACUUCCGCAUUGUCCGGCCACGGCCGCUGACCGAGCCCCUGAAUACCGAGCGCCGGGUGGAAGUGUUCAUGCGCCCUCUCAGUGUGUACAUCGACGCCGACGCCGUGGACUUCCUGGCCUCGCUGUCGAUGUUCCUGUCGCUGUCGGCCACAACGCCGCCCACCCCGGGGUUCAGCGAGGCGCACGACCCCCCUGGCGGGGCCCAUCCGCCGGCUGGACGCCGGAGCCCCCCGGCCGGGCGGCUGUCGGUCGAUACCGGCCGGUCACCGGGCACCGGCCCCCCGGGUGGCUCCUCCAGCGCCAGCACCUCGCCCUUGGAUCCCAGCCUCGAGGCAUGGCUGGACAUCCUGGCCGAGUCGCCGGUCCUGGCGGCCGUGGUGUCGGCCGCGGCGGCCUCCUCCUCCGGCCAGGCGCCCUCGCGACCUGGGGCCCCGGGCGCCGGCGAGCCUUCCUCCGGCUCCCCCGGCACCGCCAGGGGCUCCCCCUCUGCUCCCUACUUCUACCAGUAUGUUCACAUUCACCCGCUGCAGGUUCGCAUCCGGAAUGAGCGCAAGACCCUGCACUACCGGGACCUCCUGCGGAAGCCCUCCUCCCUGGCCACCAUCCUGCGCCUGGUGCCGCUGGACUCGACCCUGCUCACGUUCUUCGAUCCGACCAUGUCCCUGUCCGAGUCGCCCUCGGCCCCGGCCCCGGGGGACUACUCGCUUUCGACCCCGGGCGCCGGGGCCGAAAGUGGCGCGGCUGCUGGGCUGGUCCUUCGCGGGGUGUCCAGCACGGCGGCCCUCCUUCGGCAGGUGGUGCGCGAGUUGUCCAAAAAGCAGCUGGCCUACGGCUUCGCCCUGCUGUAUGGGGUUGCUCGCGGUGCCAUGUCGGCAGCCACCUCGACUGGCCGUCGUGCGGUCAGCAUGGCGCCGGAACUCCUCCAGGGCAUUCUCCCGCUGCUGACGCUGCAGCGUGCCCGCGAUCUGCUCUUCCCACGCCCGCUCCUCGCUUCGCCCCCGACGGGCCCCGGGUCCCGCGGCUCCAGCCAGCCCGCCCCCUCGUCGGAUGACGACUUCGAACUGAUCGAGGGCGAGUAGCCGCCGGCAUCCCCCUCUCGGCUCCCUGUCCCGCCCUCGGCCCUCUCGUGGGCUCCCGGAAAUACACGCUCCUCCGCAUGAGGAUUUGUCAGCCCUCUCCAUGCCAGCCCUGCUCGCCCUCCCUUCCCUGCUGGCGCCCGGCCUUGCCCACUCCCGGCCCCCCCCCCUCGAGGGUGUUUACCUCAAUGCUGCACACUGGCUGGUGUCCUGUCCUUUCCGACCGUGCUCGCACCUCCGGCGGCUGCCUGUCUGGAUGACUGCCCUCCGCCCUGGCCCCGGCAAAAGGCCGCCCGCGAGCCGAGCCACACAGGCCCCCCAAGAAGAUGGCACCCACCCCCCAUCCGCCGCAUCGCCUCCAGAGAGAUACACCUCCGAGGACCGGGCACCGCGCGGGCAAAUGUCCGGGCCUUCAUCUCGCCAUCGUGGGACCCACCUCUGGGUGUGAAGUCCUUGAGGAGGCUCCCAUAAAGGCACUACCCGCCCAGAGGCUCCCUUGACGGCUGGCUCCUUUUUUCAGGACUUCUGGCCAUCCGAACGGCCGGCCGCUGGAUCGGGGUCCGCGCGCCCAAUCGCCCGGCCAAACCCCCCACUACCGAGGGCAAGAGGAAG